AUGCAAUCCACUUUUUCUACGUGCAAACUUGACGAUAUCCCUUUCUUUUUCUUUUUUCUUCUUUUUUCUUCUUUUUCUUCUUUUUCUUUUUCUUUUUCGUUUUUCUUCUUUUCACUUCUUUUUCUUCUUUUUUCUUUUCUCUUCUUUUUUCUUCUUUUUCUUCUUUCUUCUUUUUCUUUUUUCGUUUUUCUUCUUUUCACUUUUUUCUUCUUUUUUCUUUUCUCUUCUUUUUCCUUCAUUUUCUUUUUCUUCUUUCUUCUUUUUCUUUUUUCGUUUUUCUUCUUUUCACUUCUUUUUCUUCUUUUUUCUUCUUCUUUCUUACCAUUUUUAACUUUGUUUUCUUCCCUUUUCUAUUUCCAUUUCUUUUACAUUCAUUUGCACAAUAAUUUCUUCUUUUUUUUUUUUUUUUUUUAUUGUUUUUUACUUUAUUUUUAUUUAUUUAUUUUUUGUUUUCCCUAUUUUGGUCAUUCACUUUUCUUCUCUCUCUUUCUUAUUCCUAACCUCUCUCUUUUUAUUAUUUUUCUUCUUUUUUUUUUUUACUAUUCUUCUCUCUUUAUAACAAUUCUGUAUCUCUUUUCUUGA